AUGGCCGUUGCGAAUCUCGUCAAGCGCAUUGAGCUACCGCGCGGCUCGCGCUUCAUCAAUGAAGAUGUCAGACCUGUUGGGACUGAGCGACGAACAUGGACGUUUCUAACGUAUCACAACUUCUGGCUGUUGAUCAACUGCAACAUUGCGACGUAUCUGACUGGCAGCGCGCUGAUUCCUCUUGGCUUGACGUGGUGGCAGGCCAUCAUCGCCAUCAUCCUCGGAAACAUCCUCGCGACUGCUGCCCUGAUUCUUGCUUCGCUUGCUGGAGCUUAUUACCACGUGGGCUUCCCUGUCUUUAGUCGAGCGGUAUGGGGAAUCUGGGGAUCGCAGUUCGUCAUCUGGAACCGCAUCUUUCUCUCCCUCGUCUGGUAUGGCUUCCAGUCUUGGGUCGGUGGACAAUGCACGUAUCUCAUGCUUCUAUCAUGGGAUCCCAACCUCGAGAAACACAUCCACAACACGAUCCCCGCGUCGACCGGCAUGACUUCCGCGCAGUUCGUCUCCUACGUCAUCUUCUGCGUCGUCACGCUCCCGUUCCUGUGGAUAAAACCGCAUCGAAUACAAAACUUCUUCUACUUUGCCAGCUCCGUCACCCUCGUCUUCUUCCUGGUUCUUCUGAUCUGGGCGCUGGCGACUAUGGGAUCGGAUGGCUUUGGAGAUACCCUCGCUGAUAGUACACCUCUUCCGGUCACUGGUGGUCCGCAGAGUGUUACGUGGCUUACCAUCUCGGGAAUCAUGUCGACGAUUGGUGGUAUUGCAGCGGGUAUUCUUAAUCAGAACGAUUAUGCGCGUCUGUCGAAGAAGCCCGGUGAUGCUAUUUGGGGCCAGACUGUUGCGUUCCCGCUCUACAGUAUUGGAGCGUCUGUCAUUGGUAUUCUCGUCACUGCUGCGACACAGAAGCGCAUGGGCGAGGCUAUCUGGAACCCUCCCACCCUCCUCGCCGCUCUUCUGGCCAAGGAUCCAACCGCAGGUACCCGCGCCGCCAUCUUCUUCGCUGGUCUCGCCCUAUCCAUCUCCCAGAUGGGCAGCAAUGUUCCUGGCAACGCUCUCGCAGGCGGUAUCGAUCUCGCAUCCGUGUUCCCCAAGUACAUCAACAUCCGACGCGGUGCCUAUCUCAUGGCCCUUCUUAGCCCGAUCGUCAACCCGUGGCGUCUCGUCAACACAGCCACCGUCUUCCUCACUGUGCUCUCGGGCUACAGUGUCUUCUUGGCACCCAUGACUGGUCUCAUGGUGGCUCACUAUAACUUGGUGGCAAAGGCCAAGGUCAAUGUUGACGAUCUUUUUGUGGGUAACAGGGAUAGCAUUUACUGGUACAACUUUGGUGUCAAUUGGCGUGCUUUCGUCGCAUGGAUUGUUGGUGUCGCGCCUACAAUGCCGGGCUUCAUCGCUGCUGUCAACCUCAAUGCUAAAGUCUCAGAUGGCGCAAAGAACCUCUACCAGCUCAACUACCUCUUUGGGUUCAUCGUUAGCGCUGCUGUUUACUACGGACUUCACAUUGUAGUCCCCGACAAGAAGUUAGACGCCUUCAUCAAGGAUGGUACAACUGCCAAGGAGGUCCAAGCUGUUUAUGAUGAGCGCUGGGACAUGACUUACUCCGAGAGUGAGCCUGGAUCGACUGAGGAGCACUCCUUUCAGCGAAACAAGGGCCCCCACUCCCUGACCACCGUAUUACCGUUAACGGGUACCUGGGCCCGCCUCCUCCGAAGUAUCAGUUCAGAUCAGAUGGAUCACUCGCAGGCUGAGGCUAGCGAUCGGGAACGGGCAACUUCUUCAUCGUCUACUGCUACGCCCCGCAAGUUCAGCAUUCGCAGUAACUUUGCCCACCGGCCUACAUCCGGCCCUGGGCCCGAGUCCUCCAGAAGCCACGAUGCACUAAGCCCGGCGUCGGCAUCUGCUUCUGUCUCUGCCUCUGGCGCAUCGGCCAUCUCGCCCUCGGCGCCAUCUGAAGCUACUCGGCACAGAUCCGAGUCCGCAGCCGUUGUCCACAACGGUCUCGUGCGCCAUCCCGUGCCAGUUCCUGGAGAAGGUUCCCUGGAUCCAAGCAUCAGCCUAGAUCCACCGCGCCUCGAGCCCAAUCAAGAAGUCGCCUACGCUCUUGAAGAUGUCCCAGGCCGUACGGCGCACGCCAUGGCGUUAGGCUCGGAGCAGGACCCUUACUUCCUCGACGCCUUCAGAUCCGUGCUUCUCAGCGACCGCGAGGGCAUUGACGCCAACUUUGUGCAGGUCUACCACGGCGGGCCUGAUGUGGAUGAUUGCCCGAUGCACUUCCUCCUGCUGCUCGAUGAGUUCCCCGAUCACAGGAACGAGGCUAGGCAAAUGGCGUCCGAUGCGAUAGAGCGCAUCGUCUGGCCCCACGGCCCGGCCCUCGUCCGUCUUUAUUUCCGGCACGUCCAUGUAGGAUUCCCCGUCAUCCACAAGACUCGCUUCCUUCGGCAAUACGCGACCGCCAAGCUAGACAUACCCACGUCGCUACGGGGCGCCGUUUAUGCCUUGGCGUGUGUGUUCUGGAAGCAAGAUGCAACGCUUGCCAGAAUUCCUUGUCCGUUCCAGCAGCAUGAACUAACCAACCAUGCGCAAGAAGCAUUGAGGCGUGAACUUGAAGCCCCUAACCUCUCGAGACUAAUGUCAGCCCUGUUGCUGAUGCACAUGGUACCCCCGGACAUUGACAGCGUCGAGACACCGUAUAUCUGGGUGAUGGCCUGUCAAGCCACAGCAAUAGCGCAGAUGCUCGGCCUGCACCAAGAUCCUGACAAGUGGAAUAUUGCACCGUGGGAGAAGAGGUUGCGCAAGAAGCUCUGGUGGGCGGUCUUCUACACGGACUGCUGGUCUGCUGUAAGCCACGGUAACCCCCCGCAUAUAAGCUACGAGUCCUUUACGACUCCACCCCCGGACAUGGAUGAUCUGCGGUCUGGCGAGGAUAUCCCUGACGAUCUUCGCCAUAUGAUCGAUCCCGAGGAUGCCACGUUCCGCAUCUCUGACGGUGCACGCUUCCUCGAAAUGAUCACUGUGUCUCGGGAGAUGCGUGCCAUCCUUGACUGCAGCUACGGUGUACGAUCAACUCAGCAGACGCGUACCCAAUUGAUUCCUAUCCGAGACACCCUCAAGGAAUGGCCGAGUCUCAUCCCGAGCUGUUUGGCCGUGAGACCCUACGCCCACAACGGACCCCUUCACAUAUCCUUCUUCGCUACGCAGGUGCUGCUCUUCCGAGGUCUAAUGUUUCCAGCCACGAGAGCCGCAAAGGUCACGCCGGGCUCUAAUCUUCAGCGAUGGCUCUCCACCGCACUAGCAGAGUUCGAGCUCUUCACGACAUUCAUGGCGUACAUCACCGAGGAGGAACUAACGAGCUUCUGGGGAAGAUUGAGUGCAGUUGCCCGAACGCAGCUUAUCCUGUGCGGAAACUUUCUGAUCUAUCUGUUCCUGCUGGCGAGUGAUCCACGAGAUGUCGAGUUUGCUUAUCGGUUGUUGGAAAAGUUUCAUGGGUCGCUACAGACACUCGGUGCUACAGAUGAUAUAGCUGCCAGGGUCUUCUUGCGACCUGUUAUUCUGAGGAUAGAGUCGUUCUUUAUGCAAGCUACAGAGCUGAUCAAGCAUGGAAGAACGGUUGUUCUUGAACCACCUAUCACGACAGUCCCAAGGGGUGAAUCUUGA